UUUAUUGUUACUUCUCAAUUACAAAACCAUAAAAUACGUAUUUAACACGAAUAAAUCGCUUGCGCUGCUGGCAGAGCAAAUUAUUUUGGGCAACGCACGCAAUAACAUUUGGUACAACUACCGCAAAACACGUAUCCGAAGAAACAAGACCGAUAAAAAACACAGGCAACGGCAACUCCGACCGACACCGAAACGUGAAUGUGAAAGCGAAGCGAAUCCGCGGCAAGGAAGUGCAACACAACCGCAACCCACAAAAUUACAACAAAGCAAAGCACUGGGCAGUGGAUCAAAACAGAUGUUUGUUACAAACAACUAGAAUUAGGCGCACUUUCCACGCUAAGUAUAUUCGAAAUUCGCUCGCCUGUUGUGUAAACAAUUGCAAGCAGCGGCUACAAUAAGGCUUGUCCCUUAGCAAAACAACAACAGCAACAAAACAUUGAAAGCAUACAUCUACAUCUUGCUUUUAAUUACACGACUCCGAUCCAUAUAGUACUCAAAUAUAUAUAAACACAUACACACGCAUACAAAAAAAAAGUAUAUAUAUAUAAUCACAUAUAUAUAUACAUCUAUCGCCUGUUGUCAAUAUCAUAUCGGAAGUUGUUCGAGUUGCAGCGACAGCGACAAUUAAAAAUGGCCGCUGCCACCGCCGACGUUGGAAAUGCAGUGAACGAUUGCUUCAGUAUCGGUUCCACAGUGAUCUGUACGACUUGUUUCAAGGAGGAGGUCGAGGGGGAGGUUCUCGCGUUUGAUCAUAACACAAAAAUGCUUAUAUUGCAAUGUCACUCAAAAACUUCAGGUGAACUGAGUGAUGUUUAUGUGAUGAACUUAUCGUUGUGCAGUAACGUGCAGGUGAUCAAGGAAUGCAAUGGAAACUUCGUUGAUGAUCCUCAAAAGCUCAACCUGGAUCAGGUUAAAAUGCGCCUUCGUAAAACAGUAGAAAGACGUCAAGACUAUCUCAAGUCCAAAAAUGCGGAUGUUACACCAGAAGCACAAGAGCUCUAUCGAGCGAUAGCCAAACAACUUGGGUACAAUGAAGUUUCCUGGCAAGGAGCAAACAUACAAGUUUUGAAUGAAGUUACCGUUUCGCCGCCAUAUAGGGUGGACAAUGUUGUAUCCAGCUCGGACAACGACAAGUCGUGCACAUAUAUUAAACGAAUUAUAAAUCAGUUCUUCACCACGAGACCUUCGGCGGCUCAGGAAAAUGCGCAUGGUGCCAGCUCUUCGUCGGCAUCGGUUUCGCCUACUUCCUCAUCCUUAUCAUCAAGUAACGCAGCUUCAGGAUCACCGGUUCCCGCUAACUAAAAAUAAAAAAGAAAAAACAUAUUUGCUUCAGAAAUGAA